AACAUUCCUCAAAUUGUCAAUAGUAAGUUGUCAAAAGUUUUACGUUACUUGAGCAUUUUUUGUUUUUGCAAAAUGCGUUUUACGAACGAUGAAGCUGUUGAUUUGCUUGCGCUUUAUUUUGAAUGUCUUCAAAAUGCUGCAGUAGCAAAAAGAGUUUAUGCUGCUCGUUAUCCAAAUCGAAGUCCUUGCGAUGUUAGAUUUUUUCCCCGAUUAGUGGCGAACUUACGAGCCAAUGGUAGUUUUCGGCCUAGGUUUCAACGGCCAAGAAUUAGAAGAAAUGUGGACAAUAUUAACAGCGUACUGGGAUAUAUUGAAGGAAAUCCUCAUGUUAGCACAAGAGCAUUAUCCCUUGAAUUAGGCAUAUCAAGAACAACGAUUCAAAAUAUUUUGAAGGACAAUAGAAUGCACCUAUAUCAUGUUAAUUUACAUCAGGCAUUGGAAGAAGCAGACUUUGACCGUAGGUUGGACUAUUGCCAUUGGAUAUUAGGCAUGAUACGCGAAGACAGAGAUUUUUUAUUUAAAAUUCUUUGGACCGAUGAAGCUACAUUUAAUAGUGACGGUAGAGUCAACCUGCAUAACAUGCAUUAUUGGUCUGCAGAAAAUCCGCAUUGGUUGCGUGAAGUUCAGCACCAAGGCCGCUGGAGUUUAAAUAUGUGGUGUGGUAUACUUGGAGGCGACAUUAUUGGACCAUAUUUUUUUGAGCAAUCUCUAAAUGGCAAUGUUUUUUUCGACUUUUUGGUAAAUCAAUUACCGUUGUUGCUGGAAGAUGUGCCACUGGAAGUCCGGCAAAAUUUGUUUUUGCAGUUGGAUGGUUGUCCAGCACAUUUUGCUAGGACUGUGCGAGAGCAUAUUAAUAACAUUUUUCAACAGCGGUGGAUUGGAAGAGGAAGCCUGUUUCCAAGGCCUCCGCGAUCCCCAGACUUAACCUGUCUUGAUUUCUAUUUAUGGGGGCGGUUAAAGGACAUUGUAUUUCAGACUCAGCCUACGACUAGAGAAGAUAUGAAAAACCGCAUUCGUAAUGCAAUGCAUAGAGCGUGAUGGUCAGCAUUUCGA